AUGGCGCAUCCUAUGUCACUCCGGGACCGACAGGUCGCUUCCAUUCAAAAGCUUCUCAAUCUGAACCAUGAUCCGCGCCCUGCCGACGAAAGUACCCAUGACCCGUCAGGACAUUCUGGACUCGUUUCCCAAUCCACGCCUAUUUUGAACGAAGAUGGCGAUCCCAUUUGGAAGGUUUUGGUCUUCGAUGGCAUGGGCCGAGACGUUAUCAGCAGUGUGCUAAGGGUCAAUGAUCUUCGUGCUUGGGGAAUCACCAUUCAUCUGAACAUUAACUCCCAACGAUACCCUAUUCCCGAUGUCCCCGUGGUGUACCUGGUCGAGCCCAACGAGGCUAAUAUCCAGGCCAUCACCCGCGAUCUCGCGGGUGGUUUGUACUCUCCUGCCUAUGUGAACUUCCUCUCCUCCGUUCCCCGCCCACUCCUCGAAGACUUCGCAUCGCAAAUAGCGACCUCUGGCGCAUCAGAGAACAUCGCCCAGGUCUUUGAUCAAUAUCUUAACUUCAUCGUUGCUGAGCCCGAUCUGUUCAGCUUGGGACUAGGCAAUGAUGCCUACUACAAAAUUAACAGUGGCAAGACAAGUGAUGAGGACUUGGAUGCUAUGAUCGAUAAAGUGGUCAGCGGUCUCUUCAGCGUGAGCGUCACCAUGGGUACAAUUCCCAUCAUCAGAUGUCCCAAAGGUGGGGCGGCAGAGAUGAUUGCCACCAAACUCGAUCGAAAACUCCGUGAUCACAUCCUCAACUCCAAGGAUAACCUUUUCUCUGGCAACCAAAGAGCCCUGCCUGGUGUUGUUUCUAGCCGUCCUGUGUUGAUUGUGAUGGAUCGAAAUGUUGACUUGGUACCCAUGCUCUCGCAUUCUUGGACAUACCAAUCUCUUGUGCAAGACGUUCUUCAGAUGCGUCUAAAUCGGAUUACCCUGGAUGAUGAGGAGUCAGGCAAGGUCUCAAAGAAGUCCUACGAUAUCAACAGCAACGAUUUCUUCUGGCAAAGGAAUGCCGGCGCUCCCUUUCCUCAGGUAGCCGAGGAUAUUGACGCCGAGCUGACACGAUACAAGGAGGACGCCAACGAUAUCACAAAGAAGACAGGUGCUUCUUCUAUCGAAGAUCUCCAGAAUGACACAAGCGCCUCGGCACAACAUCUCAAGGCCGCUAUAACUCUACUACCCGAGUUGCGGGAGCGAAAAGCAGUUCUCGAUAUGCACAUGAACAUCGCCACUUCCUUACUUAAGGGCAUCAAGGAUCGACAACUAGAUGGCUUCUUUGAGCUGGAGGAAAACAUUACAAAACAAUCCAAGUCGCAAAUCCUCGAGCUCAUUAAUAACCCCGCCAAAGGCAGCAAUCCGCUUGAUAAAUUGCGUCUGUUCGUCAUCUGGUUCCUCAGUACCGAGACCGAAUUGAACCGCGCAGAGAUGAGCGAAUUUGAGGAGGCUCUGAUCAAGGCUGGUGUCUUGGAUGUGACGCCGAUUGCAUAUGUUCGGCAAGUCCGCGAGAUCACGCGAAUGACCAUGAUGACCACUGCUGCCCCAGAGCAGCAAUCCAACGAUCUUUUUCGCGGUUUCUCAUCCCUCUCCAACCGCCUAACAGACCGCCUCACCUCCGGUGGCCUGGGUGCUAACUUCGAAAACCUGCUUUCCGGUGUUAAAAACUUCCUGCCCGCAAACAAGGAUCUUACCGUAACCAAGAUCACGGAAUCCAUCAUGGACCCCUCCGCCGCAUCCAGCUCGGCAAUUGCAAAGACCGAAAACUACCUCUACUUUGACCCGCGAAGCGCCAAUGCACGUGGGGCCAUGCCUCCGACCUCUGCAUCCCGAACCCAACAGAUGCCCGGUGGAACUAUCCAGGGCCCUGGUACCGGUGCCACCUUCGGCCAACGUCGCCAAGCCUUCAACGAAGCCAUUGUGUUCACGGUUGGAGGUGGGAGUAUGGAUGAAUAUGGUAACUUGCAGGACUGGGUCGCUCGGACGAGCGGCCAGCAAGGUACAGAUGGUGCACCAGUCAACCGUGGCGCUCCUUCCGGUAUUCGCCGCCGUGUUGUCUACGGCAGUACGGAUUUGAUGAAUGCCAGCGAAUUCCUGUCGGACUCGUUGGCGCCGUUGGGCAGAGAGAGCUAA